CAAUUCAUACCACAUACAGCUUAAAUGAUGGAUAAGGAUUAGUUUUAUUGGUUAAAAGUCUCGUCCCUAAUCCAUGAUAUCCCUAGACACACCCCUAUACACCCCUCGUGAUUUUUUUUCUUGCCAACGCGAAAAUUGAGGUGCCUUUGAUUUUUUUGUACAAAUACUAUUGAUAUGGUUCGUUCAAAGAAGCAAAGCACGCCAGAAGUAGAAAAACUAGUAUCCAAGUUCUUUAAAGAAGGUAAACUAUAACUUUUUGGUUUGCUUAACUUGUUUAAGCCACUCGAGAAACAAAAAGUUUUUUUUCUUUUUCAUUCAUUCAUUUUGGAAUGAGAAAAAGGAGAAAAAAAUUUUAUGUCAAAUGUGUCCCAUUAACUUUCUUUCAUCAAGAUGGUCAUCAGAUUCAAAUGAAAAAGCUACAUUGGAAGCAAACACCGCUUCCAGAGACUGUACAAGUUAGUCCUGUUCUUAACAAGCUACGUCAAUUGGCACUCGAAACAAAGGAAAAAGAACAAGAAGAAGAAGAGGAAUCGACAUUCAAGAUUGACCUUGCUGAAAAUGAAAAGAUCGAAAAGGUGCGCAAGGAGAACAUGUUUGGUGAAGAAGUAACGGAGUCCGAAAUGGACAUUAUUCAAAAACGCGUUGCGCUUCAACAACGUCAGUUUCAAGAAUUUGAAAAGAGAGAAUACAAGCGUAAAUCGAAAAAGAUCAAGGGAGUUUAUGAUCACUUGACAGAUGAGGAAAUAUCUGACAUGCUUGUCGAUUGUGGUCACGACGAGGAAGAAGUCAUCGUUCGUCUUACCCAGCCUAAUUAUCUCUUGGAUAUUCGUAGAACGAUCGCAACAAAGCAUGCGCCCGAAGUCGAAGUGUCUCGUAAUGCUAUGAGUGAAGAGCAACUGACGGCUUAUAAGCAAUUGUUAAAGAAACGUUCUGAAACUUUAAAGAAGACCACUAAUGAUACCGCUAAAAAACAAUACCGUAUGUGUGGCCGUCUUAGUUUAGACGAAGCCAUCCGUCAAGCCCAAGAUAACCAGGAUAAGCUCGACAAGGCUUUCGAAGGCUGGUCUCAAGCUCGUAUCCGUGCUUACUCUAUGAUCAAUGAAAACCCAAACAGUUACUAUUACCGAUUCAAUGCUCCUGGUGAGGUUCAGCGUAAAGGUCAAUGGAGCGCUGAAGAGCGCAAGCUGUUCUUUAAACGUCUUAAGGAGGUCGGUGCUAAUGGCCAAUGGGGUAUUUUCUCCAUGACAAUCCCUGGCCGUGUUGGUUAUCAAUGCUCCAAUUUUUAUCGUCUACUCGUCGAGACGAACGAAAUCCAGGACCCUAAUUACGUGUUGGAUGAAAAGGGCAAGGCACAUUACUUGUUUGACAAGAAAACAGCAGAUGGUAACGUGGAGAAAACGUUUCGAACACAUAACAAGCAUGGCACAGGUCGUGGUGCUUCAUCCUCGUCACCCACAUCAUCUUCAGGCACAACAAGAAAAAGAGCUAGAGCAGCACCCGUGGUUGCAGAUAAGAAAAAGAAAAAGAAAAGAAGAACAAGAAACUGGGGAAGCGACGAUGAUGAUGACGAUGAAGAUGACUUUGAAGACUAUAACGAUGACUCUGGUACAUUCACAAUGAGCAUGCGAACGACAAGAAGAACGCGUAAUCAAGAGCCUAUUCAAGAUAUACCGAAUGAAAAUGAAGGCAUGGAAGAAGAAGAGGACGAAGAAGAAGAGGAGAAUCAAUAUGAUAAUCCUUUACCUGGCUUUUUGGAUCCUAUUACGCUCGAAGAAGUAGUCAGGCCUGCCAUUUCAAAAUAUGGUCAUGUCAUGGGUUAUGACAGUUGGGUACGCUGCUUAACAAAUUGGGAAGGCAAGAAGAAUAUUUGUCCCUUGACCAAGAAACCUUUGACAAAACGAGACUUGGUCAUUUUAACGUAUGAAAAUAUUGAGGAAUACAGAGACAAAAUCAUUCAGUAACUAGAAGACGAAUGAAUAAAAAAUAACGUCUUAUUCAUUUUAUACUUACCGAGG